AAAGCGCCACCCGCGCUGCCCCCAUUGACGCCUUCCUCCUCAGCAGGAUCCACUCCUGCAACCAGCCAGCAACCCCCUCCCAGGCACACCGACCAUACUGCUAGUACUGCCUGCACCUCACCAGCGAAGCUCCAUACUGAUAGAAUGUCCUGAGCGAGUGAGGCUGCGGUCCGCUCCACUGGCCAGCUCCGUUUCUUGCUUCCCGCUCGGCCUUCCUUGUUCCUGGUCAUGGUGUCUUGACUGAGGAGCUAGCAAUGCAUCCCUGUGGCCUGUGGUUCCUGGAGAAUUGCAUAGCUUGAUCAACCAGGUUAAGCUGACACUGCUGCUUCCAGGAAAGUUGUUGUUGAUUGUUAUCACACAAGGGAGGAGCUGAAGAAGCAGGCAUCAAGGGAACAAUGGCUGAAAUGGAAGAAGCUCUGAGAUCCUGCAUGGAGCGGCUGGUCAUUGCCCGAGAAGAGCGGGAGCAGAUCAUCGUGGAGGCGGCCAACGAGAUAUCGUCCGAGAAGAAGAAAGUGCGCGAGCUCCAGCAGAAGCUGGAGGACGCGAGCAAGAAGGCCGCGAAGCUCGCCGCCGAGAACAACAGCCUCCGCAAGGCCGUCGACGCCAAGGACGCGCUGAUCGGGGAGCUGCGGGAGUCCGAGGCGGCCGCGGGCGGCAAGCUUGCCGACGCGACGGCGAGGCUGGAGUCGGCGCAGAAGCAGGCCGGGUCGCUGCAGUACGAGGUGCGCAUGCUGCAGAAGGAGCUGGAGGUCCGGGGCCAGGAGCGGGAGUACGACCUCAAGUCCGUCGACGCCGCGCGCCGGCAGCAGGCCGAGCACCUGAAGCGGAUCGCGCAGCUGGAGGCCGAGUGCCUGCGGCUGCGCGGCAUGGUCCGCAAGCGGCUGCCCGGGCCGGCGGCGAUCGCCAAGAUGAGGGAUGAGGUCGAGCAGCAGGCCCCCACCGCCAGCCCGAGGCGGCCGCGCCCCGCGACGCCCUCCUCGCCGCGGUCGGGCGCGCCGUUCUCGCCGCGGACGCCGUCGCCGUCGCCGCGGCGCUCGGUGUCGGACGCCGAGGGCUACGCGUUCAAGCUCCGCUCCGUCGAGGACGAGAACAGGGCGCUGAAGCAGGAGCUCGCCAAGAGGGAGAGCGAGCUGCAGUUCGUGCAGAUGAAGUACGCCGACGAGGCCUGCAAGCUGACGGUGGUGCAGAGGCAACUCAAGGAGCUGACAGAGGAGAACAAACAGCUGAGCGACGCUAACUGUCAAUCGGAGUCUUGGGCCUCGGCUCUGAUUUCUGAAUUGGAGCAGUUCAGGGCUGCCAGCCAGAACGGUGUAUCCAUCAUGGCAUCAUCUGAGAUGAACUUGCUCCAUGAUUUCGCUGAGAUUGAGAAAAUGGAGAUGGCAUCAGGUGAUCUAAAUGGAAAUGCGGCACCUGCAUCUCUCAAGAAGGCGGAUACGACACCAGUAAAGCCAGAGAAGAACGGCAGUGAUCCUGCAGUGAAUGGUACCAUCCCCAACGGCCAUCCUGAAACUGAAAGAGUUCAUGAUAUUUGGAAUCUGGUAGUGCAUAAGCAUGAAGCAAGUGGAGAAAGUAUUGAAACCAUCCUUCAGGAGAUUCAGAAUGCAGUCUCUAAUAACAGAGAAGAUUCAGAGGUACCGUAUGACCGGUCUGAAAUUGAGAAGACUGUGAGAGAUCUGAUUGAGAAAAUCACUUCCAUGGUUGGCACAUCUGCAGGGGAUAAUGUUGCAAGAUCAGGACCACUGUCACAUGACAAGUCUGAACUUUGCAGUCGCCUUGAGCACCUGGUUCAGGUGUGUCAUGAUCUACUACAUGGGGAAGCUAACCUUGAAAAGUUCAUUGACGAGGUUUGUCUGAUCCUGAAGUACAUUGUCGGCCAAUACUUAUCGAACCAAGAUCUAGCUGGCACCGUGGAUAGUGAUGAAAAGAAUUUUGAUGAGGGUAAGUCAACAGGUACAGUCACCACAGAAAGUAAUCAGGACAUCCAAAGUGCAAAAUCAUCAGCAGCUCUAGAUAUUCAGAAAGAAGCGCAGGAAGGAACAAACCAGUCAGCUGAAGACCAUAUAAUGGCCAGUGAUCAAGAGAAGCUGGAUGAAGAACUCGCAAUAGUUGUACUUGCUCAGGAUGAUAAUAUCCAGCCUGGCAGAAAAUCAGCCUGCUGUGAUGAGAUAGAAAGUCCUGCUGCUGAGGCAAGUGUGCAACAUUGGGUAGCUCAAGAGGAAAGCCAUUUAGCAACAGACUCAGAAAUCCUCGCAGCAGCUGACAAGCUCGCCGAGUGCCAGGAGACGAUCACGAUCCUAAGCAAGCAGCUGCAGGCUCUGAAGAUCCCAGCAACUUCGUCAGGUCCUCUUCCUCUCGACGGCUCCAUCUGCAACCCCAGGCCGAGCUCGGCCAGGUCCGACUACAAGCCGCAGUCGCUCGCGAGCAUCCUCGCCGAGGAGUUCGUCGCCUACGCCGAGGGCUCCAGGUCUCCUGCUACGCCGACGAGGAGCACGGCACUGGAGCGGAACAACGCUGGCGCUGACGACGAGGAAUCGACGCAGAUCGUCGUCCAUCCGGUGUUCGCCGCCGAGCCGCGGCAGGAAGACGACGCUUCCGCUGACGCGAGGAGGAAGAAGAAGCGGGGUCAGAGUCUGCUGGGCAGGAUCAUGUUCAGGAAGAGAGUGGACGGUGGCUCCUAGGCUGACUGCGCCGAAGCUGAAUCGACAUGGUGGGCGCACUCUGCAACCUGCAGCUGUGCCAUGGAUCCAAGCAGUGCUGCUACGUUUGAUCAGUGAUUUUUGGUGUGCUUUGUUUACCCAUUCCUCAAAAUUUCCUGCUCCCCGAGAGCCAUCUUUUUGGCGCAUAUAUUCUGCUUCAGAGGCGGAUGCUGAUGGCAACAGGCUCUGCCACAUGGUGCGAGCUACGUAUCUGCCUUUUCGUCGUGACGUACAUGGACGGAACUUCUUUGUGUAUUUAUGAAACUCAUGGUUGUAUUUAUCAAAGGCGAGUUCGUUCCUUUUUUUUCCCUUA